UGCCAUGUUCUAACUCUCGCGCUGUUUUGCUAAUGGAAGUGUCAGAGUGUCAACAAGCAGCAGCAGACUGUCCGGAGCAGGGAGGAGGGAGUCGAGAGGCUAUUUAAACAUCGGAACAUUUGUCUGAGAUGGGGGAUGAUCGACCUUUUGUAUGCACUGCCCCUGGAUGUGGGCAGAGAUUCACAAACGAAGACCACCUGUCAGUCCACAAACACAAGCAUGAAAUGACAUUAAAAUUUGGUCCUGCCAGAACAGACUCUGUUAUCAUUGCAGACCAGACACCCACACCCACACGUUUCCUGAAGAACUGUGAGGAGGUUGGGCUAUUCAAUGAGCUAGCCAGCUCCUUUGAACAUGAGUUUUCCAAAGCACACGAAGACGACAGGACAAAACAUCCGGUGAGAAAAAGGCCUGCACCUUUACAAACACCGUCUGAAGUCAAAGUUGAAGAUGAGGGUCCUUUACAAGUGGAUUCUUCCUCUCCCGGAAGUCCAGAUUCCUCCUCCAGCAUGUCGGACAACAGCGGAGACUCGAGGGGGAGAGGCAUGGAGAUUGUCACAAAGCCUGUGGCAAGCUCUGCCCCUACUCCAACCAUUGUACGUCCAGGUUCUCUUCCCCUUCACCUGAGCAAUGACGCACUACACCCGACUUUACCAUCUCCAACAUCUGUCAUCACGCAAACGCCGCCCUCCAACAGACAGCUUGGAUCCCCAACAAGCGCUUUUCCACUGGUGAGGCACCUCCCCAAUGGGCAGACAAUACCUCUCCUGCCCAGUCCUGUGCAGAUGACCUCCGUUAUAUCUCUCGCGAGGCCAGUGAACUCAGUGCCUUACAUCCCUGGGAUUCCAGGACCUCCAGUUGGCGGGGCCAGCAGUGGCUCAUCCUCCCCGUCUGGGUAUAGUCUGCACUCUGAAGCUAAGAUGCGGCUGAAAGCAGCUCUAACUCAUCAGGGCCCAGGAGCACAAGAUGGGGCUGGUGGGGGGGCAGGAUCCAUCCCUGCUGUCCCUCAGCGACAGGAACAGAGCCAACAACCCACUCAAAACUCUGACGCACCAUCACCUGCCCAGCCCCAGGUGUCCCCUGCUCAGCCAACAGGAGGCAGGCGGCGGCGAGCUUCAGAGAUGGACCCCGAUGAGAGGAGGGAGCGCUUCCUGGAGAGAAACCGGGCGGCCGCCUCCCGCUGCAGGCAAAAACGAAAAGUAUGGGUUAACUCUUUGGAGAAGAAGGCAGACGAUCUUGUCAACAUGAAUGUGUCCCUGUCGAAUGAAGUAGGCCUACUGAGGAACGAGGUGUCCCAGCUGAAGCAGCUCCUCCUGGCCCACAAAGACUGCCCGGUCACUGUUAUGCAGAAGAAGGCGGCUUUCUUAGCUGCAGGAGGAGAGGAAACCUCCAGGGAUACUUCCAGUGAACCCAUCGGCUCCCCAGCGGCUGUUAUCCAGCACGGUCAGUCACCACCCGCCUCAGCCUCCAGCCCAGUUGCCACCAUCAACGGGCUGAGCGUCCGCGCUGCAGAGGCGGUGGCUAUGUCGGUCUUGGCCGGCAUGGGAUCGGGCCAGCCGGGAGGGGUCGUCAUGGCGACGCAGUCACAGUCAGCCCCAAGAUGAUGUGCUGACGCAUUUAGCCGGUAUGAACUCGAGUGGCAUUUGGAGGCCGGACUGGUGCAAAAGCGUUUGAAAAGUUAGACCCGCCCUCAAACCCCCACCCCAGACUAAGAUACUCUCGCCCCUCACAGCCAAUGAUAAUCACACAAAGACAUGGCACAGUGCCUCCGUCAACCCUCCAGUCCCAGCAGGCUCCCUGUUAAGAGACGCUUGGUCACUCUCUGUAUGUAAAUAUGAAUAACACGUCGGACACUCACUCUGCAAGGUUUGGGGUCAUUUCUUGUUCAGUCGUGACAGUUGGAAAAUGUUUUAGAUUGGGAUGAAAAGUAUGAAUGAAAACUUUUUAUGUCAAAAUCGUCAGUAUAUUUUCAUUUCACUUAAAAAUGCAGCUUCUGUCCAACUUCAGUCCCACACGCUGGCUGUGAUGAGGUUGGUUGCUUUCCAGGCUGACAACUGUACUUGUAUUUUUUAUUUGUAUGAAAAGAUUUUUAUGCCUGAUACUGGUCGUCGACAUAAUGUUUGCUGAUGCAGUGAAAGUACGGUGAGAGAUUGGCUGGCUGAUUUCAGUAAAAGGCAGCCUGGAAAGUUUUUUUAAAUGCUCUUUUUAUGUUUACUUUUCAAACUGUCCUUUUUAGUUUUCUGUCUGUUUCCCUUCUGAGUUAAUUCUCUUUAAAUACACAUGACGGUUUAGUCAGCCAAGUGCAUAAAAAAACCAAAUUAUAGACGUGUACACAGUUAACCCUGUGAGUGUGUGCCUGACUUUUUUUUCACCAUCAGUUUUAACCUAAUUGAAAUGGAUGUCCUUACAUCAGUCGUGUAUGUAUCAAACCUUAUUGACUGCAUGGAUUACUCAAGGCUGAAGAAUACCACUGUUUGUGCUUCAUCAUACCAUCACUGUUUAUUCAUCUGCUUUUCUUCUUUUUUUUUUAAACAUCAAAUUACUGAUGCGAAAAUUGUCCUCGUUAUGUACAGAUUUAAUCCUCAGUCCUAAUGUAACACUCUUGAAAUGGUUAGCUUUUAGAAGGCCUUUAAAUGAUAAUCAAACAUAAUAGAUAUUAAAUCAUUUCAGUUGAGGAAAAGAGUAGUGCAAUAUAUUUUUCUAUUGAAUACCAAUGUUUUAUCUGUUGUGUGUCGCCCAGCCGCUGAGAGGGAUUUGGUUCAUUUCAGUUGAAAGCUAAAGUUAUGAGUUAAACAGAAUGUGAAGAUGAGUAAUCUUGAAUGAAUGAGAUUGGUUACUAGUGCACAUCUGUUGACACGUACAGAUGUCCUAGUCUUGGGUGCUUUCCAACAUUUGAAAAGCUGUCUUGUAUCAUGAAGUAGAAUUAAAUAGUUGUGAAGGUGCUUCUUUUGAAAUUUAAGUUUCGAAAUGCAUAUUAUUUUAUACCGCAGUGUACUUCCAAGACUAUCAAUGUGUGUUUCCCCUUGUCACUCAAGUUUUUUUUUGUUUUCUUGUUUUUUUUUAAUAUAUAAAUAACGUCAUUGUUUUAAGAUGUUUAUUUUUCUCUAUGGGCAUGUCAGGCUUUUUGUUUUUCCAUCAUGUGAUUAGCAUUUCAGUUUAUUUUGUUAAAGAGCAUAUAUGUCUUUUAUGUGUUUAACACAGGUAAAACCUUUUAUGAAAAAAAUGUCUCUGAUAUCUGUAUGGAGAGAGUUUGUCAAAUACUCAGGCUUCAAGAUGGGAAAGAUUACUUGUGUAUAGUCUCAACCAAUAAAUAAGUUGUCUCGGGCAAAUAUUAAAAAGAAAUUAAUGAAAAAGAAA